UCACUUUGACAUUUUUCUCGCUUUGACAUCUCUUUCUCGCUACUAACAAGGAGUCUAGAAAUCUGAAUAAAAAUCUUAAAAUAUCCUUUCCAUCAUGGCCGCCGUAAGUCUUCUGAAUCCAAAAGCCGAAAUUGCUCGAGCUGCCCAGGCUCUUGGAAUAAAUAUUUCGGGCGCCACUUCCCUGCAAAAGCUCAUGGCCUCCAAUCUCGGACCUAAGGGCACCACAAAGAUGCUUGUGUCUCCCGCUGGCGACAUCAAGAUCACCAAGGACGGCAAUGUCCUGCUUCACGAGAUGAACAUCCGCCAUCCCACGGCGGCGAUGAUAGCCAGGGCCAGCACUGCCCACGACGAUUCAAUGGGAGAUGGCACGACUUCGACGGUGAUUCUGAUUGGUGAGAUUCUGAAACAGGCGGAUCUUCUUAUUUCCGAGGGACUCCAUCCUCGCCAGCUGGUGGAGGGAAUAAUGAUGUCCAAAGACAGGGCUUUAGAAGUUCUCGACUCCAUGAAGGUCUCUAUUCCCGUUGAACGCAAAGCUUUGAUUCCGGUGGCCAAGACCAGUUUGGCAACCAAAUUGGAGCCGGGAAUGGCUGACUUGCUGACGGAUAUCUGUGUGGAUGCCGUCCUGGCCAUCAGAGGAGAGGGAAAUGAUCUUCUGGAUCUUAACAUGAUCGAAAUGAUGGAAAUGCAGCAACACACCAACCUGGAUACCCAACUUAUUUCGGGAUUGGUGCUUGAUCAUGGUGGCCGUCAUCCAAAUAUGCCGAAACUGGUCCGCGAUGCCUACAUCCUGACGUGCAACGUCUCCUUGGAACUGGAAAAGACUUCAGUAAAUUCCAGUUUUUUUUACAAAACUGGCGAGGAAAGGGAGAAGUUUGUGGACGAGGAACAUCGCUUCAUAGAUCUGCGCAUCCAGAAAAUAAUAGACCUGAAGAAGAAAGUCUGUGGGGACAGCAAGAAAGGAUUUGUUGUCAUCAACCAGAAGGGUAUCGAUGUGCCCUCACUGGAGCUUUUAGCCGCCGAAGGCAUCCUGGCCCUAAGACGCGCCAAGCGCCGUAAUAUGGAGCGUUUGGUGCGUGCUUGUGGCGGCGAGGCACUGCAUUCUCUGGAAGAUCUGAAGGAGGAGCACUUGGGAUAUGCUGCCAACAUACGCGAAGAGCAUCUAACCGAGACGAAAUACACCUUUGUCGAGGGCUGCCGGAAUCCCACUUCGGUCACAAUACUCAUACGUGGGCAGGCUCGUCAUGAAAUCGCUGCUGUCAAGGAUGCCGUACGCGACGGUCUCCAUGCCAUUCUGAAUACCAUCAAGGACGCCUGUGUGGUGCCUGGGGCUGGAGCCUUUGAGCUCAAGGCCCACUCCGAGCUUCUAAAGUUCAAGCACUCGGUCAAGGGAAAGCCCCAAUUGGGGGUGCAACUCUUCGCCGAGUCCUUGCUGGUUAUCCCUAAAACUUUGGCCGUCAACAGUGGCUUUGAUGUCCAGGAGACAAUUGUCAAGCUGACAGAGGCCCAACGCGCCGCGAAAGACAAAGACGAGGACCCGGAUACGGCAGAAGGGCAGAUGUCUCCUCCGGUCGGCCUUGACAUAGCAACGGGAGAGCCCAUGGACCCAUUGUCAGCUGGUAUCCUUGACAACUAUUGUGUCUGCAAGCAGAUGUUAAACUCCUGCUCCGUAAUUGCAGGCCAUCUCCUCCUCACAGACGAAGUUAUUCGAGCUGGCAUGACUUCUUUGAAGGGUUAAAUGUUAUACUACCAUACCACUGGCCAUACCAAAUAAAACUGCCGACCUAGACCACA